CCGUGCUAAUGAUACAAUCAGUCGCACGUACUGUUUUACCGCGUGUGGGGAAUUUCACCAACAGUUUCCGAGGUUUGAAGUACGUCUCAGUUGUCGGUGGCGGGCUCAUGGGUACGGGAAUCGCUCAAGUUUGUGUCCAGAAUGGUUACGCAGUAAACUUGAUUGAUUUGGAUCAAUCGGUCCUUUCAAAGUCUGUCGAUGCGAUUCGCCAGAAUGCGCAUCGUUUUGCCAAGAAGAAGUACCCCAAUGACGAGUCUUCAGCCGCAUCUUUCGUUGACUCUUGUUUGGCCAAUUUGGGAACAUACACCUGCAUCAAGGAGGCCGUCCAUGGAGCCGAUCUCGUCAUUGAAGCGAUCGUGGAAAAAUUGCCCGCCAAACAAUCCCUUUUUCUUGAAUUGGAAAAACAUGCCUCCCCAGAAUGCCUGCUCGUUUCAAACACAUCGUCUCUGUCGUUGCGUCAAAUCAGUAGCGUGCUUUCGGACCAGGAACGUUUCGGUGGAUUGCACUUUUUCCAACCCGCUCCGGUUCUGCGUCUCGUAGAGGUUGUUCGGACGACGCAUACGUCGGAAGUUACAUUCCAGUUAUUGGUUGAAUUCGUCCGCUCGUUGGACAAAGUCCCCAUUGCGUGUCAAGACACACCGGGCUACAUUGUCAAUCGCCUUCUGUUGCCUUAUCUGCUAGACUCGAUUCGGAUGGUGGAGCGCGGUUUUGCAAAUCCACACGACGUGGACGUUGGCAUGAAGCUGGGUGCCUCACACCCGAUGGGUCCAUUUGAGUUGUGCGACUUUAUUGGAUUAGACACGCUCAAAUAUAUUUGCGAAAGUCUAACAGAUCAGAUGUCUGAUGAUCCCACCUUUAUGUGCCCAAAUAUGCUACAUCAUCUGGUCGCUGAAGGACGUUUGGGAAAGAAGACGCGCCAUGGAUUCUUCAAAUACGAUGCUCAAGGGAAGAUGAUUGUUGAAGAGCACCGAUGAUGCACAUCUCACUAGAUGUCUUUCACGUGCUCUCAAUUUGAUACGUGUUUGAACACGACUUCACUAGUUUCCAAGGGAUCGUUGUACCGUAUUUGCCUAGCGAAUCUUCGAACUGCCUUAUCUGACUGUUGCUGACUUAGCCCCUCCGAUUUUUUUAAAUUUUAUUUAAGAUUUUCAGUGCCGUGUAUUGGUAAUAGUGUAUGCUUUACUCUUCUUAAAUGCCUUAUUGGUUCAAGAGUCCAAGAGAUUAGCCUCUUCGUGUCUUGAACCGACCGUAGAGUGAAUAGGUAACUAACCGUCC